AUCCUGUCCCAGCCCCAGCCAGGGUGUCAUGUCCUUCCUGUUCUCCGGCCACAUCCUGAUCCGAAACAACAGUGACCAGGAUGAGCUGGACACAGAGGUGGAGCUCAGCCGCAGGUUGGACAACCGGCUGGUGCUGCUGUUCUUCGGCGCCGGGACAUGCCCACAGUGCCAGGCCUUCGCACCUGUCCUCAGGGACUUCUUUGUGCGGCUCACAGAUGAGUUCUAUGUGCUUCGGGCAGCCCAGCUGGCCCUGGUGUAUGUGUCCCAGGACCCCACGGAGGAGCAGCAGGACCUAUUCCUCAGAGACAUGCCCAAUAAGUGGCUCUUCCUGCCCUUUGACGAUGACCUGAGGAGGGACCUCAGACGCCGGUUCUCCGUGCAGCGCCUGCCGGCGGUGGUGGUACUCAAGCCGGGCGGCGACGUGCUCACUCGCGACGCGACUGAUGAGAUACAGCGCCUGGGCCACACCUGCUUCGCCAACUGGCUGGAGGGGGCCGAGGUGCUAGACCGCAGCUUCCUGCAGCCGGAGGACCUGGACGACCCCGCACCGCGCAGCCUCACUGAGCCGCUGCGCCGCCGCAAGUACCGCGUGGACGCGGCGGCGCCAGGGACACGCGGCUCGCGGGAAGGGGGUGGCCCCGGGGCGGAAAGCGGGGUGGGGAGGCUGUUCUGACCCCGGGGGUGGGGAUUCUGGGAUGAUACACCCGAGGAGGAGGCGGGUGAGGGGGCCGUUUUGACCCCUGGUUUUCCCCUCAUACUGAGAACAAAAUCAAACUCUCGACGGUGACACUGGAGGGCCGGCGUGAUCAGACGAGAGAGAACCGACGGACCGGGGGCGGAUCUACGAUGUGCCCUCCCCACCUCGCUGGUGGGCGGGUCGGGGGCUGCUUUGAGUCCCCCCAAGGUGGAAAGCUGGCGGGAGAAGGGAAGUCAGUGUUGAACUCCAACUGGGUUGGAGGGAAGGGAGCCGGGCAAGGGAAGGGGACCAUUCUGAGUUUCGGCCAGGAGAGUGGGGCCCCAGCACUAGGCCACAGCAGGGGGCAGGGGACUGUUCUGAGUUCCCCGGAAGCAGGGUAAGGCGGAGAGGUAGCGAAUAGGGAGAAUCUUCUUGAGGUCCACGCCCCAGGAGGCGAUGGGGCUGUGAUGAGAUCCCGGGGAAAAGCAGGGCGGGACCUGGGGUAGCGUGGGACCCUACGGCGGUGCGGGUGGCGGAGGUCUCCCUAU